AUGGUGUUAGAAUAUUUUGAAUAUCCCCCGCAGUGGAAGCAGCAUGAUGGCGUCCUCUACCAGCGUUACGGCGACCCGAAGCCAUCUUCCAAGCUGGCGAUGUUCGACAUGGACAAUACCCUGAUGUUGACGCCAAGUACGCUCGUCCCUGACUUAGUUAAGGGGCGUAAACCGUGGAUUAACAAGCCUGCCAUACCCAACGACUUCAUCCUCUACAACACAAAUGUGAAACAGAAAUUGCAACAAGAAAUCGCGGACGGCAAGGCUAUCGUCAUUUGCUCCAACCAGAGUCAGCUCUUCGAGGCGCCCAGGGUCUCAAAAUUGAUCUUCGUGAGAAUCCAACUUCUACUCAAUGAGCUCGACAUUCCCUUAUACAUCCUGCUCGGAUUUAAGAGAGACCUAUGCCGAAAACCAGGGCCGGGUAUGCUCACCUUCUACGAAGAACACCUGAACAAUGGCAUAAAAGUCGACCGUGCAAACUCAUUCUACGUGGGGGAUGCAGCUGGAAGGGUUUGGACAGAUGAACUGCUUGAUGCCCAUUGUGAGCGUGUGAUGGCGUUACUGAAGGCUGAGGACUUCAGCAAUAGGCAUUAUGUACGCAGGGACCGCAAUUUCAAUGAUGAACCGGUGGAUGCGAAUGCCAUUAUCGCAAAAUUGAAGCCAUCUAGCUUGAGGAACAAGUUUGAGAGCGACUUUUCAGACUGCGACCUCAAAUAUGCGCUCAACAACAACAUCGGAUUCUACACGCCGGAAGAAUACUUCGCGAACCAUCCGAGCAUGCCACUGACUGUCGAUUUCGAUCCAAAGAAGAUUGGCACAAACCCUGCACCUUUGGACGUUGCCGAUGGCAUGGUGAUUUUAGUUGGACCGCCGUCGGGGGGUAAAACCUUCCUGUGCGGGAACAAAUUUGCUUCCUUUACACGUAUAAGCGAGGACGAGCUCAGAACCCGGGAUGCAUGUCUGCGUUAUGCCAGCAAAUGCUUGCAAAAGGGUGAAAAUGUCAUCAUCGACGGCACGAAUGCAACGGCGGAAGAGCGCCGCGAUUACAUAGCUCUGAGUCGCACUGCGGGAGUCAAGUGCACUGUAGUUUUUCUGGACGUUUCUGUGAAUUUCGCAUUCCACUUUCUUCGAUAUCGCAAGGUGAGCUGCGCAAUCGGCGCAAUAUUAAUAAUAUUUCAGCUUGUGGAUCCGCAGAAACAUGCGCACCUAUCGCAGAACGUUGUACGCACGUACUUUAAACAGCUGCAGCCUCCUGAUGAGUCAGAAGGUUUCGACAGAUUAUUGCGCAUCACGGACGAAACCUUCCCUGUACAGCAUACCCCAGUGUCACAGAUGCAUCUGCCAUGA